AUGGCGAUGAGAGAGGCAGAGAAUAGACUGAAUACAGAUGCAUUAGCUGGCAGAAGAGAUGACAUCUCACUGCAAGGCAUGACAACUACUGCCACAGCUGUGAGAGAAGCAGGAGAAGAAGAAGAAGAAGAAGAUGUGAUAAUAAAAGCAGUGCUUCUGCGGCUCAUUGAUACUGUUAUCUUCAUCUUCAACCUGGCUUUCUUAGCAGUCACAGAGACUGUCACUGCAUCACAAAGAUGUUUAUUCACUAGAAAAUGUCAGAAUAAGCUCUUUAUUAUUCUUCAAGAAUGA